AUGAAGAAGAAACUUUUAAUAGUUUUUGCUUGUUUACUUGCAAUGGCGUCAUGCGGACAUUUGCUUAUGGGCAACGUGAACACCAACAGUUUUGUGAUACAUCAGACCAAAGUGAAGUACGGCGCAAUACCUCUCAUAAGGCGGGUCAAAACUAUGUAUUAUAACGGACAUGAUAUAAUAAAUAGCAUCAUGGCCUACGACAACGACCACACAAAAGCAACAGUAUCAAUUACUUCUGGCGGUUUCGGCUUUCCGUUUAUCGGUCUAAAGUUUGAAAGUGAACGGGGUAAAAGACUAAACUUCGAUGUGACGAUUUAUGGGUAG